AUGCCUCCAAAAAAGAACGACAAGGCCGGGGGCAAGAAGCCCAGCGCGGCCAAGGUCGUCGAUGACAAGACCUUUGGUAUGAAAAACAAGAAGGGUGGUGCUGCCCAGAAGCAGAUUGCACAGCUGCAGGCCCAGGCCAAGUCGGGCGGCAACGCCGAGCAGAAGCGCAAGGAGGCCGAGAAGGCGGCACGCGAGCGCGAGAAGAAGGCCGCCGAGGACGCCAAGCGCGAGGCCGACCUUCUCCUCAACAAGCCUGCCCAGAUCCAAAAGGUGCCCUUUGGCGUCGACCCAAAGACGGUGCUCUGCAUCUUCUUCAAGAAGGGCAACUGCGAGAAGGGCAAGAAGUGCAAGUUUAGCCACGACCUGGACGUCGAGCGCAAGACGGAAAAGAAGAGUUUGUACACCGACACUAGGGAGGCGGAAGAUGACAAGAAGAAGGCUGAGACCUCGGCCGACUGGGACGAGGACAAGCUGCGGAGUGUCGUCCUGAGCAAAAAGGGCAACCAGCGGACCACGACGGACAAGGUCUGCAAGUACUUUAUCGAGGCCAUCGAGGAUGGCAAGUACGGAUGGUUUUGGAUCUGUCCAAACGGAGGUGACAAAUGCAUGUAUAAGCACGCUUUGCCGCAAGGCUUCGUGCUCAAGACCAAAGAAGACCGAGCUCGUGAAAAGGCCCUACUGGACAAGUCACCACUCAAGACUCUGACUCUGGAAGAAUUCUUGGAGUCGGAAAGGCACAAGCUGACGGGAACUUUAACUCCCGUGACGCCCGAGUCGUUCGCCAAGUGGAAGAAGGAGCGGAUGGAUAAGAAGGCGGCUGAGGAGCAGGCUCGCAAGGCCAAGGAUGCGACAGGACGUGCUCUCUUCGAGAGUGGCAACUGGCGCACCGAAGAGGACGACGACGAUGCCGAGGACGAUGACGACCCCUGGAACCUGGAGAAACUGCGUGCCGAGACGGAAGCUAUCAGGCAGCGCAAGGAGGAAGAACGGUUGGCAAUUGAGAACGGUAUCACGGUGCCCGGGGCACCAGGCACCUGA